GAAGCUCGUGACGUCACUACCAGUGUCAUUGUCGCGGCGAGACGAGAGCGAGACGCGUGUUUUGGUGCCACGGCCCCCUUUGACGGCCCUCGACGGCGGAUUUAAGGCCCAAGACGGAGGGUACCGGUCGCGACCGUCAGCAUGGCGUGCUGCAUCGUCAUGAACCAGCCUCCGCAGGACGUCCGUGGCGCUGACGCUGCCGAGAACGCGUCCUGCGCGGCCUCGACUGGCCUGCCCCCGAGGCACCCUAACCUCCAGCCACCUGGCCCAUCCGGCCCUGGAGGAUCUUCCAGUGCCUCGCCGGCCCCGCCGAGCCCAGGGCCUGCUGACACUGUGACAGACCAUGGCAGGAGCCCAAACGCCGGUCCAGACUUCAAGGAGCCCUGGUCGAAGCUGCUGUCUCUUGCGAAAGAGAAGUCUCAUGCUCGCCAUGCUCGUUCAAAGGUGGAAGAAGCCUCCAGUCAAAUUUCCGCAUCCAAGAAUGAUUCAGUAAAGGAUAAGCAAAAGAAGAUUGCAGGUUCAGACGAACCUACGCUCAAAGAUGAACUCUCGAAACCCACAGAGCCUGGUAAUGAAUCAACUCCUGUUGGGGCUGAAACAUUACCUGCAACAAGCCUGCCUGUAUCAGACGAAGUUGAAUCUGAGAUUACACCAUUGAGAUUGAGAGAAGGUAGAACGGCCAAGGUGACCACUCAAUCCAAGAGGAAAAGCAGGCGGCGGGCAUCAUCUGUGGAGUGGGACUACAGUGGGAGCGAGUCUGCAGACACACCCCGUGUCCCACUUAAAAAAGCGAAGAAUUCCAAGAGGAAAAAGAGAAAUGCUUCUAUUGAAAUGGAUUUGGCUGAUGCAUCGGAUUCUGAGGCUGAAGGAUAUGAGUUUGAUGCAAUGCAUGAGUGCAGCAUAUGUAAUAUGAAAUUUAAACGACCAUGGCGGCUCCGUACCCACCUUCAGCAACAUCUGCAACCGGAAAUUCGUCCGUUCCAAUGUGAUGAAGAUGGGUGCUCAAAGGGAUACUUUUACAAAAAUCACCUAGAAAGGCACAAAUCUAGGUCCCACUCUGAUCUUGUCAUCCUUGCUCAGACAAUGUGCCCUUCUGAAGGCUGCAAUAGAAUAUUUAAAUCUCAAAGUGGUUUGAAACGCCACAUAAAUAAGAGCCAUUCAGUUGAAAAUUUGAAAUUUCAAUGUCCCCACUGUGAUAAGAAAUUUUCUAAGAACAGGCAGCUUCGGUUUCACAUAGCAGAGCACAAUGGAGACCCACCACUAAGGUGUGAGCAGUGCAACGCUGGAGUGUUCUCUGACAGGGAUCUAAAACGUCACAUGAGGACCCACAAACAAUAUGUCUGUGAUGUGUCUGGAUGUGAUAAAGUAUUUUCAACGUACCCUGCUUUUCAUAAACACAAGGCUGAGCACAACAAAUGUUUUCAGUCUUUAGAAUGUGCUCACUGCAAUAAAGUAUUCAAGAAGAAGUCAGAUUUGAGAAAUCAUGUUCUGACCCACUUGGACCAAAGAACAAUAUACAAGUGCACUUAUGAUUCAUGUCCUAGGUUUUAUUAUCAGGAAAGAAACUUAAAUAGCCAUAUACGAGUUUAUCAUGAGAAGACCUCUAGCUUUGCUUGCAGCUGGGAGGGUUGUGAGAUGCAAUUUCUCAGCAAGAAAGCACUUACUAAACACCUCAUGAUUCAUGAAAAAGGCAGAGCAGAACCGAAGAGGAAAGAGGGGCCUAAGGCUCCGCGCAAAGAUAAAGGUCUUCCCAAGCGAGCUAUGGCCACAAAACUAGCUGGAAUGCUAGUCAACCGCGGGGUGGAAAAAGUCCUUCUAGCUCCGGAUCGAACUGUGGAAGUGCUCGACUUCAGAGAAGAAAGCCCCGACUGUCCUACCCGUAGAAACAAGAAGCUUUCUUCGAGAUCAAAAAUGUCCAAAUCAAUGUCGAGUUCUUCAGCUUCUGCGACAUCUGGACAAGGCAGCUUGUGUUCGACUGACUCUGUUGACAUUGUCAAUGAAAACAAUGUUGUGAUUCUGCAAGAUGAGGGCGCUCUAUGUCCCUUGCCGAUUGGAGAGGACGAUAGUAUUAUUUCAAGCUUGACUGGCAAAGUUUUCGAAGUUGGGAAAGGGGGUGUUUUGAUUGAAGUAGAAAACAACUCUCAAAUCAUUGAUGCAAACAAUUCUGGUCCAACUGAAGGAAAUGCCCAUCCCACGGAAGCCUGCUCACUCUCUGAAAACUGCCUCGCCUUGCCAGAAAAAGAACAAACUUUGGAAUCUGUGGAUGGAGUAUCAAUGGAUUUGGAGAAUAUGCCUCUUAUUUUUGAUUCAAUUGAAGAAAAUAUAUCCUGUCAACAGACUGGCUCUCUUACUGAAGACUUCUCGGAUAGAACAGCUUCGUCUGAGAAGAAUAAGACUUCAGAGAUUGGAGAUGAAGCUGCUUCAAUUGAAUUGAGAGGAAGUUCUUUGAUAGCUGCUGACAUGGCUGAUAAUAUCUCAGAUACAUUGGAUGAAAACUCUCUCUCUGGAGAGACUCAACCAUGUGCUGAAACAUGUCUCAACAGUGCAGUUAUAUUAGAGAAGGAUAAUGAAACUAAUCUACAGUCUCCUGAAGAAAAUGUGAUUAUGAUAGAAAUUAAUGAAUCUGAUAAUGUUGUGAAAUCCAAUGUUCUCACACUUUCAUGUGAGGAAAAAGGAAGUAAUGGUGAUGUAAUCCCUGUGGAAAGGCCUGUGACGCCCACCACUAUAAGAAAUAUUGUGAAACUUGUCAGUCCUCCAUUUAGUUCACAAGCUGAUGAAAUUGCAGCAGUUUAUGAAAGUGGGUGCAUGUUGUCAGCAACUCUAUGUGCUGAAACUAUAGUUGAUGGUCCACAUGGGGAGAGUGAAGCAAUUCUCCUCAUCCCAGGACAGAAGCUAUCUGCUGGUGAGGCUUCAAGUGCCAGAGUUGUGGAAGUGCUCAGUGGGGACAUGGAAGUGUAUUCUGUGGCAGGAAAAAAUGCUAAUGAAGUUUCGUUCGGAAGCUCUAAUGAAAGUACCGAAAACAGCCCUGUCAAGAGAUUGACAUUAGAUGAUCCUUCCGUAGCCAGCAUUCUGCAGCCACUCUUACAGGAGUUAACACACAAAUCUAACCCCUCUAGUAAUAGUGUAAAGAGUGCAUCGAAACCUGCCAAGCUGGUGAGGAACCCAGCACAUUAUCACAAUGUUGUCUGCAAAUUGGCAAAUUUCAUUCGUGCCAAUGCGGAAAUAGUUCCAUUGAAAGCUGGUAAAUGCAAGAAAGGGAGAUCACAUCGAGACAACCUUCAAGGCCCCACCCAGGAGGCAACUCAUUCUGACAGCUCCUCCGUUAGUGAGUCCGAUGGCAGCCGUAGUGAUUCGGGUUCAGAUGAUGACCGAAACGACUACAACGAAGAUGACAGCGGGUCUGAUGAUAAUGCCAGCAGUGAUGGUGAUGGAGGAAAUGAAGACGACGAAGAUGGGGAUGAUGAUGAUGAGGUUGAUGAACAGCCUGAUGAUGACGCUGAUGGUGAAGACGAAGAUGGUGAAGAGAAUAAUGAUAAUGAUGAAAAUGGGAAUGAUGGGGCAGGGAACCUAAACGGAAAUGAUGAUGAUAAUAACAACAAUGAUAACAAUGAACCUAAUUCUGAGGGUUCAGAAGAGCCACAUGAACCUGACUCUACCAAUGGGCACCAACAUAUCAAUGGUGGGUCAGACUUGGGGGUUGAUCGUGCCUCUAGUCCGAAACAAAAUGCUUCUUGUGAAGAUGAUGUUCUUAGCACACACAGUGAUGAUCUCGUCAUUGACAUUGAGGCUUAUGAAAGUGAAAAAGACCCGGCAGGUAAGGCGAGCUCACAGGAAGAGGAACAGGAGACUGCAACCAACAAGAGCCCACCCCAAUGUGCUCCCUCUCCAGAGAAGGAUAACUCCAUGGUGAUACGAAGAAGCAGGAGACUGAAGCAAUUGGAGGCCAGCAAGAUAAGUGCAGAAAAUGCCAAACUAGUGGUAAGAAAUGCUUUCACAGAGCUGAUGCGCAAGAAGAGGUGUUUUACUGAAGCUGAUAAUCGCAUUGCAACCAGAUGCGAUAAUGAACUAGCUGCUGGGAAAGAAAAUGAGACUGUUUCUGCUGCUACGAAUACCUCAAAAAAGAAACAGCAACAGCCACCUGUUAGAACAAGAUUAAAGAGAAAAAAUAAAAAAGGCUUGGAUGUUCUGGAAGAUGGGAAAAAUAGACCUCAAGAAGUGAACACUUGUGAAAGUGACUCUAGUGGUUCUGAUAUUAUUCAGCCUUGUAAAAAGCGGAGGUGCAAUAUCGAUGAUGAUUCCGAUUCCUCUGUACCUCAAAAAAUUGAUGGCAAUCUGUCUAGUCCAACAAACACCAUGGUCAAGGAGGAAAGCGAUGCAGACCUAGAUUCAUCACCAGACCGAAAAAGUCCUCUUCAAAUGUCUUUAAAAGCUUCUAAAAUAAAUCUAUUAGCAUCAUUAAAGAGUUCAUCUUUAUUGCCCAAUCAGGAUCGUCUUGGCAGUUCCGUAAAGAAAGAGGAUAUGCUCCUUUUGGAACCAAAGAGCGAGCCUAUAAUCUCUAGAGGAUGCAGCCAGCUAUCAGAAAUAGCAUGGAUAAGAGUUCUGCGUGAAGCUAGCAAAUUUAUGAAGCUCUCGCUAACUGCUGCUGAAGACUGACUUUCUCAAAACACGGUAGAAGAAAUCAAAUGAAAACUCCUACCAAUUUUUUUUCUAUUUUGGGGGGGAAAAGGGGGGGGGAUGGAGGAGUGUACGCUCAAGAUUACUAAAUAAUCCAAACAUUGUGAGAGAUUCCAGGGUUUGAUUAGGAUACUUUUAUUUUGUUAUUGUUAUUUAUUUUUUGAUCAUAUACGUGAGUAAUGUGUCAACUUUUGUGAUAUGUGUAUCUAGUUUAUAGUAGUUUGUAACUGGGAUUUUUCUUUUAUUGGUUUUUUAUUUUCUUGGAGAUUUUGAUUUUACUCGUUUUCUCCACAAAUCUCGUUAAUAACACUGUUGUAUGUUGUCUUGUUACUCUGUAGUACUACAGUAUGUAUAUCAUAUUUAAAAAAGGAACUGGGCUGAGUUUGGUGGGGUUCAAAAGUAAGUCUUGAAGUUGAUGCACUAUCAGUAUAUAGUGUCAUUUUUGUUAGUGUCCUCUAAAUUUAUAAAAUACUACUCUACUAUUUAAGAAAUAAGAAUGUAUUUUACAUUACUUGCGUCUGCAUGGACUUUGAAGUUAGUUCUCUCCGCUUUCCUUAUUCUUAACAAAGAAAUGUGAUGUCUGGUAUGAUGAAUAAAGAACGAGUGCUGUAUUUUGUUAAUCUCAAA